GUCAGUCAGGGAAGUCUGUCAAAUGAUGGUCACGCCUCUUGCAGACUAAGGACCGCCCACUCUUGGCGAAAGAACUCACGGCCUAGGGACUUUUUUCAAAGAGGGACUUCAAGAAGGCUUCCAAUCGACUCUCUUCGCUUUCCAGGAAGCAGAUUAGAAACACAGUCGCUAGUUAAGCGUAGCCAGCAUUGGCCACGUCUCGGUCACGUGAUCGCCCCGCCCACUCGCCGAGCCCACUUCCUCACGGCCUUCUCUCCCGUCCUCUAUUCCGCCCUGCGCGCUUUAGGCGAUGUCAAAGGUUUGUGCCAUUUUUGGAGGUUCUGGGGGAAUUGGUCAGGCUGUUGCACAGCUCCUGGCACAGAAAGGAUAUUGCCUGGCUGUUAUAGCAAGAAAUCUGGACAGGGCUCAAGCUACUGUGGAUAGAUUAGGAGCAGGUCAUCUUGCACUGAGUUGUGAUAUCACCAAAGAAGAAGCCAUCCAAAAAACUUUUAAAGAAAUAGAGAACAAAUUAGGUCAUAUACGCUAUCUGGUUAAUGCUGCAGGUAUCAACAGGGAUGGACUACUAUUGCGAACCAAGUCUGAAGAUAUGCUAUCCCAGCUUCAGACCAAUCUUUUGGGAACCAUGUUGACAUGUAAAGCUGCUGUAAAAAGAAGUAUUGUUGGAUUAAAAGGCAAUGCAGGUCAAAGUGCAUAUAGUGCUAGCAAAGCAGGAUUAGUUGGAUUCUCACGCUCUUUUGCUAAAGAAGUAGCACAAAAGAACAUUCAAGUCAACAUGGUUGCUCCAGGCUUCAUUCAUACAGAUAUGACAGCCCAUUUGAAAGAAGAAGAGCUGAAAAAAACAAUUCCUCUUGGAAGAUUUGGGCAGCCACAGGAAGUUGCCCAAAGUAUUGCAUUCCUUUUAGAAACUCCUUAUGUAACAGGCCUCAUUUUGGUUGUAGAUGGAGGCUUGCAGCUUCUCAUUUAAACACUAUGAAGUCUGCAUGAAAAAUUAGUCAGCAACUCUAAAAAUCCCCAAAGAGAUCUAAGCAGUAUCCUUCUUAUUACAUCUUAACUCAGGUUAAAAUAAAGAAAACAUAACAAGGUUCCAUUUUAGUUGUUUGAAAAUAUAAGAGAGGAUUAAAAUAAAUAUAUUCUAAAAUCUA